UAAAAACAACAAUAUUUCUAGACUCUAAAUGCAAUUUAAGGCCAAUUCUUGGCGCUUGUUGUGAUAUUCGCAUAAUUUUUCAACGUGAAAACAGACAACGGAUAUAUAGCUAUUGGCGUAUUGGCCAAAAAACAUAUAUAUGUAUACAUAUAUAUACAGAUAGAUUCGCAUCAAUAUAUAUAUUCAACGUGAAUACGGUAAACUGGGCUAUUUCAACAUACGGAGAUGACGACGCGCGGCAUACGGCGUAAAAAGUCAACGCUGACAGAGCUGAAAAUCGCAGUUAUUGGCGCGCCCAGUGUUGGAAAGAGCGCUUUAAUUGUGCGUUUCUUAACGAAGCGUUAUAUAGGCGAAUACGAUCAUCAGACUGAGAAUCGAUACAAACACGAGUCCAUGGUGGAUGGUGAGCCGGUGCUAUUCGAAAUACUCGACACAUGUCCCAAGGCCGACGAUGAAUAUCCCAAUGCCGCCGAACUGGUGCAGUGGGCGGACGGCCUGCUGCUCGUCUACUCUAUAACGGAUCGCAAGAGCUUCAAUUAUAUACGCCGUGCCAAGUCUGAUCUGCAAUCGGAUACGCCCGUUCAGCUCUGUGCCAACAAAGUGGACAUGGUUCAUCUGCGUCAAGUGAGCCGAGACGAAGGCGAAAUUCUCGCCAAAGACUUUGAGUGCAAAUUCAGCGAAGUCUCCGCUGCCGAUCAUGUCGACCAGGUCGCCGAGGUCUUCAACGAACUGUGCAAGGAGGUGCUCGCCUGCAAGCGCAAGUCCAAGCAGAGUCUACUCGAACGCAUGCUCGGCGGCACGCGGCCCUACAGCAGGGGCAAGAGCGAUAGUAAUUUGCCAAAAGACUGA